UCCGUCAGUCACAUGACGAACAAGUGAAGGUAGAAUAGAACGAUCACAAGGUUUGGUCAGGAAACCUGCCCUCGCCCUUAAAAAGAGUCAUUAUUUCAGUAUCUCUUGGGCAAAAUGUUGAAAAUCUGUGGACCUAAACUCUCCCUUUGCGGGUUAAUCAUCAGUGCAUGGGGCAUCGUUCAACUGGUGCUGAUGGGAAUAUUUUAUUAUGUGCAAAGCGUUGGAUUAGCAGAAGAUCUUUCUGUAAUGGAAGAAAACUUUGAAACGCAGGAGGAGUUUUAUGCAGCUGCUGACAGUGCUUAUCAACAGAAUGCGUAUAACUGCUGGAUUGCUGCAUGUCUUUACAUUUUCACCUUACUGAUCUCUGGACAGCAAUUCUAUCAAAACAGCCGGAACUCGUUGGAUGCUUGAAGUGGUCUGAGGAUUGUUAUUUUUUAUCCUGUUACUUAAGUUGUUUCAUUUUGAGAACUUUAGUGUACAUAUAAGUUAUAAAACAGCCUUGUACUCGGAUCAUUUUAUUGUCACCAUGCAGAGGAUUCUUCCGCAAGACAUGGGAGUUCUUCAAAUUUAUGUAUCAUAACAUGUUUCAAAACUCUGAUUUUAGAGAGUCCUGUGUAUUUUCUGCACCUUUGAGUUUAUGAAGUGAAACAUUAGGUCUCUUUGUUGUGUAUAUAAUUUCAAGUAUUACAUACUGCUGUAUAGAAGAAUUUGGAGGGUCAUUGGUACCCUUUGCAAGCCCCUUGUCUGUAAGUGAAAUGGUAGGGUUUGAAUGGAAUCUGUUGUAUUCAGCUUUGGAUGAAUGAUUGAAUGUUACCUGUAGUUAUGGAUAAAUAGCAAACUGUGGCUAGUGCAUAUCAAACAUUCCUUUCUUUUCUUUUAAAUGUAUAUCUGCAAGCCAACUUUUCCUUUUGUGCUCAGUUGUCUCCAGUGAAAGUUAUCAAGGCACAAGAGCACAUAAUUAGUCAACAUCAUUAUGUAAAUGAAUCAUAUUUUUGGAAGCAGUGCAAAUGUAAUUAACUGUAAAUCAAUGCUUGGUAAGGUUGUAAAGUUUUCAGUCCACAUGCUAUGUUUUAAUCUUGUAUUUCAGAUCAGUAAGAUAUAAUACUUCAUUGCAAAAACAUUAACAAUUUUCAAAUAGUUCAAAGUCACUUACAUUUAAUGAGUGAUGUACUACAGCCUAUGCUUAAAUAUUGUCUUACAUUUGGUCCCUUGAUUUGAGCAAACAAAUAUACCAUUCAACUCGUGAAA